GCGCCGGGGCUGUGUAGUUGGUUCCUCAGAGUUCUGAGGCGCCAGCCAUGGCUGACGAGCUCUCCUCCGAUCCUCCGCCUGAACCGGUGUGCACCUUCCUCUUCAAAAAGUCGAGUCGCAAGAGCGCAGCCGGUCGCAGGAAACGUCCUGCUUUCGACAAGCAGCCCGGGGGAAACGAAGGUAGCAGCAGUAGCAGCAGCGAUGAGGGGAAUGUCGUGGUCCGGCGGGAGAAGAGGCGCCUGGUCCCCAACCCCAUGAUCCAGAAGACGCGCGGCAGUUGCCGAGAAAAAAAGGCGCCCACCGCUUACAGCGGCGCCAGCAGCGGAGGCGACGACGAGAGCGAGCCGUCGUCGUCCGUGAGCGUCCACUACAAGUCCACACGCUCGGCCAAACCCGUGGGUCCGGAGGACAUGGGCGCCACGGCGGUCUACGAGCUUGACACCGAAAAGGAGCACGAUGCUCAGGCCAUCUUCGAACGCAGUCAGAAGAUCCAAGAGGAGCUGCGCGGCAAAGAGGAUGAUAAAAUCUACCGGGGCAUCAACAAUUACCAGAGAUACGUAAAACCUAAGGACACUUCCAUGGGCAACGCGUCAUCCGGGAUGGUGAGAAAGGGCCCCAUCCGCGCGCCCGAACAUCUGCGCGCUACGGUGCGCUGGGAUUAUCAACCAGAUAUUUGCAAAGAUUACAAGGAGACCGGCUUCUGCGGCUUCGGAGACAGCUGCAAGUUCCUGCACGACCGCUCCGACUACAAGCACGGCUGGCAGAUCGAGCGCGAGCUAGACGAGGGCCGCUACGGGGGCAUGGACGAAGACAACUACGAGGUGAGCAGCGACGACGACGACCUGCCUUUCAAGUGCUUCAUCUGUCGCCAGUCUUUCCGGAACCCCGUGGUGACCAAGUGCAAGCAUUAUUUCUGCGAGAGCUGCGCCCUGAGCCACUUCCGCACCUCCCAACGCUGCUAUGUCUGCGACCAGCAGACCAACGGGGUGUUCAACCCCGCCAAGGACCUGAUUGCCAAGCUGGAGAAGCAUCAGGCCCAGGGGAGGGUAGGCACUUGCGACCCUUUAGAUAGCUCCGAUGAAGGCUUAGCCCCCGUUACUUAAACCUAGUGAAACUAGAAGAAUAAAGUUGCUCUUUUCAAAGUU